GCGUCACCUGCUUGAGCAGGGGGUUGGACUGGAUGACCUCCGAGGUCCUUUUGGGCUCUUCAUAUUAUUCUGUUAACUUGCCACUGUUGGCAGCUAAAAAAAAGUGGCCAAGUUUUUCCGGGAUCGAGUUUUUUUAUUUCCCUUUGUCCUCUUCCCCAGGGUACCAUGUUCCACAGCCAGGAUACCCAGUGGCUCCUCAGCCUUACCCCGUCGUGCCGCCACACGCCGGGCCCUCUGCACCCAGCGCUGGAUUCAACGUCUACCCCGCCGCCAGUCCCGGACCCGGCUACGUGGCUGCCCCCCAACCGCCCCCCCGAGGAUACCACGACCACUCCGCUUCCCCACAACACCCGCAGCCCAGCGAUCCCCACGCGGCCAUUACCCCUUACCUGCCUGUGUCGGCUAGUAUCCCACCUGGCUUGGAGUACCUGGCUCAGGUGGACCAAAUUUUGAUCCAUCAGAAGGUGGAACUGGUUGAAGCUUUCAUUGGCUUCGAAGGCAACAACAAGUACGAGGUGCGAAACAGCCUCGGGCAGCACAUCUUCCACGCCGAGGAGCAGAACGACUGUUGCACCCGGAACUGCUGCGGCUCGCUACGCCGCUUCUCCAUGAGGCUGGACGACCCCAGCGGGCGCGAAGUCAUCCGACUGGUCCGUCCCCUGAAAUGUGUCAGCUGCUUUUUCCCCUGCUGCCUUCAGGAGAUGGAGGUCCAGAGCCCGCCGGGAGCCACCAUCGGCUAUGUGGUGCAGACCUGGCAUCCCUUCAUGCCCAGGUUCUCCAUCCAGAACGUGGAGAAGGAGACGGUGCUGAGGGUGUUGGGGCCCUGCUUUGCCUGCAGCUGUGGUGGGGACGUCAGCUUUGAGGUGAAGACCUGGGACGAAUCCCGCGGGGUGGGCCGGAUCAGUAAGCAGUGGAGCGGCCUCCUCAAGGAAGUCUUCACGGACACGGACAACUUUGGGAUCCAGUUCCCCAUCGAUCUGGACGUGAAGGUGAAAGCCGUCCUGCUGGGUGCCUGCUUCCUCAUUGAUUUUAUGUUUUUCGAGAAGACCGGAGAAGUUGGACAGAGGACCUCGGUGAUGUCCAGCUGAAACCGUCUCAAACUGGGGACAGUUUUCCUGGUCUGAGAAGGAGAGAGAGAGAAAGUGUGUGGUUGUGUGUUGUUGUGUAGAGGGGUAUGUGUGUUUGGGUACGUUUGGGUCUUGACAGCAAUGGGUUUCUCAGAAAUGGUCUCUUCCUGGUCUUUUCUCCCUUGGUUGUGCAGAUGUGCUUCAACAAAAUAACAGAGCCGGAAGGUACCUCUGAGGUCAUCUAGUCCAACCCCCCCUCUUCCCAAGCAGGAGACCCUACACCAUUUCUGACAGGGCAGUCCGGUCUCUUCUUGAAAAGCCUC